UAGAAAAUGUUGAAGAAUAUGGAAUGAGAUGAGAUCACAGCAUCAGUCUGUCCUUUGUGGACCUGGACAAUGAUCACAGAGCCAGAUGGGAUUAGCGAAACCUAUUUACCAGAAGUUCAGAGCAGUUGCAUGAAGCUGAUAGGCAGCCAGGAGAGAGAGGUGAAAAAUGCACCAGAUUUACAGCUGCAGAGAUGAAAAUCUAGAAGUCUUCACUGUGAUUUCUUCCAAAUCAUGCAGCCCAGUCAGAAGAAAAGCCAAAAGUACACAAUGCAUCCUAACAAAAAAGAUGGUAUCAGUGUCUGACUAUCAUCCUCAGGGGACAGAGGAACUCCUGUCACACCAAGGUAAUCUCAUCUUCUGCAAAGAUGAAGAUGGGCAGGGCUUCAGCCAUCUGCAGAACAGACAAGCAGCAUUCUUCUCUAAUCCUGCCAAAUGCCCUGCAACACACACAGGAAUUUCUAGACAACAGUCAUUUGGUUACAGCAAUCACCAGUCAGAUGUACUCUCUUUGCAGCCUCAAGCAUCUCCUGUAUUGCAUCACCAUGCAAAAUGGACUGCAGCCACAGAGCCAGCAAUAAAAGACAGUGUUCUUGCAGAAGAGCAUGGAAGGCUCCCACGGAAAAAUACUGAGGAUGACUUAAGCCUAGCACAAGGAACCAAAGCCUCUUUACCAUUGACAGGAAGCACGUUGAAUGGCACACCCAGUCUCUUGAGAAAAAUAUGGAUGAAGCAUAAAAAGAAGUCUGAAUACCUGGGGGCUACAAACAGUGCCUUUGAGGCAGACUGACACGUCGCAGCCUUACCUUUGGAGGACAGAAGUUCCUUGGACGAAGGACAGAAUACUAAUCACCUGCAUCUAAAUGGUCACAGAUGCAGUACUGCUCACAUGUAUCCAAGGAAAUAGUCUGCUGAAUCUAUAGAGAAGAAAAUGACUGAAAACAAUGCAUACAACCACAAUCCAUAUAUUUUGCACAUUUCUGAUCUCAGUGAACUUGUUAGCCGAUACUAUAAUAAUCAAAUGUGUUCCAUAUUCUGUCCCAGUCAAUUUAGAUUCAUUAGGAGAAGGUCCUAGAGAAGUUACUGUAUUCCUAACAAGCCUCACAUCAACUACAGUGUGCCAUUCAAAUAUAGUCCUGCAAUAUAUUGUUCAAAACUAUUCUUCAGUAUGAUUUCUCUAAACUAAACGAAUGAUUUUCAGUUUUCUAUUUUCAAUGAACCCUUUCCACAUGUCAGCUUGUUUGCCAAGGAACACCUGCAGAGAAUUCUGAUCUAGGGUGAACAUUUAGUAAACAUGAGGCACUAACUAAGCAUAUGCAGCCUCAGUUCUGCCUCUAUGUGAAUGCAGGGCUGUUCUUAGGGCAUAGCAAGCAGGGUGACUGCCCCCGGGCCCCACUCUUUUAACCCCCAUUAGAAUUAACUGGAAGGGGGCCCCUGCACUGGCUGAUUUGCCCUGGGCCCCACACCUGCCAGGGCUCUCUAAGGACAGCCCUGUGUGCAUGCACCCUAAAACAUGCCCAACAUUCCCCUGUAGUUGUUCAUGUAGUUGUUCACUGCUGGAAGAUCAGCAGUGGUGGUCAAAUUGUCCUUCAGCAAAGCUUGUCAUCUUCUCAUUAAGAAACCUCUAAUAAGCUUCCAAGAAGUUCUAUGAUUCUCCAGAACACAGUUUGAAAACUACUGCUCUCAACCAUGCCCAGUAACUCAGUACCAGAGCAUCGGCUUUGCAUGCAGAACAUCCCAGGUUCAAUCUCUGGCAUCUCUUGGAGCAUUUCUAGACAGCAAUGUUUACUGCGAAUACGAAUUUGCCAAACAAAAAACUGACACAAAAAGUGGAUUUUUUUUUUACCCCAGACAUAAAUUGGGCUCUGCUCCAAUGCGCAAUGAAAAAAACUUGAAUCGUGUGUGAAGUGCUCCCCAGUAUCUCGCAUGGACUUUGGUGCGAAUGUGGCUGAUAUGCAAACACACACAUUCCAUUCCGAGGUAAAAGCCCUGACUAGAAACGCUCCAAGUAGCGCUGGAAGAGGCUACUGCCUAAAACCUUGUAGAGUUACUGCCAGUCAAUAUGGAGCUAGAAAUAUUCCUAUGCUCCUAUAUUUUUUCUUAAGCACAAAACUUAAAUAUAUCUUAGAUAAAACACAUUCUGUGCAGUCGUGUAUAAACAUGUAUAAACCUCUCUACCACCAGAAACUAAAUUCACUGAAAAAUAAUUAAUUGAUGACUAGUUAGCAGGAAAGCCUUGUGUGUUCAGAGGUCUCUACUUUAGUGUUUGGUUAUAUUAUAUAUAAUAGCAUUAAACACUAUUGAAAGGGGGCAUUGCACGUAUUCUACCUAACAACUGCUGUAUUUUAAGACACUUAUGUUUUCUUCUAAUUUAUUUAAUUUAUAAUUCAGAUAUAUCUGAAUACAGGUUUACAAAAAAAAGGUGGUAAUUUAUUUCUUAACAUUGUUGAAACUCUCUCUUACAUGUAGAAAGUACUUGUUUUAUUAUUGCAAAUAAAGUAUGUCCUCUUCCUGCA